GUGUUUUCUUCCCCCGGUAUAUUAUUUCCUCCUGAUCAAAUAUUUUUCGAAUCUCCUCCUCAACCCAUGCUCCCUUUUUUCCGUGCUUAACCCUAUACUGGGCGUAAACUUCAGGUAUUCCCAUCUCUCCUUGAAUGUCACGAAAAACUUCCAUCUCGUCACGGCCCUCCAAAGCCCAUGCGUCUUUCAGGACAAUGGAAAGCGGCGGAGGAAGGAGGUCGAGUUCAGGGAUGGGUGAAGGUUGGUAAGUGGGGAAAACGGGGGAUUCAUCGUUGCGAUCAAUUCCUUGCCAUUCAAGCUGCUCGGAGCCCUGAUCCUGAUUGCCUGCUGUGUGAUCAGAGUGUGACUUGUGGCGCUUGCUGCUUCCAGUUUCGACGACAGGUUCGCGUGAUCGUUUCCCAAUACUUGAGACGUUAGAGGUUCGAUUAGAAGAGGGUGCGACGCCUUCAGUGCGCAGGCGUGAGGUGGAGGUGGAGGUGGGAUAUCGAGAAGUGGAAGUAUGUAUACUCGGAAGGUCUAUGAUAUCGCUGGGUGGAUCAUCGGAUAUCUUUCUCGCGUCAUCGACCUUUCGCAAACUGUAAACAUGUGUGACACGGCCCCGUAUAGAUUGCCGACGACAGAGUAAGCCAACGACCUCGUAAAGACCCCAGUUUGGGAUCAAGAAGUAGUGAUUGUUCCGCGAUGGAUCGAUCCCAGCCUUCGAAUCGUUUUCCCAUGAUAGUAUGCCCACUAUGCCCUUUACAAAAGCGGUAAAGCCAUCCUCUGUCUCUAGACUCAGUGCAGGGCUGCAAAUUACGCCAGAUCUUUGAUAGAUGCAGAAUCGAACUUCGGAAGUUUUGUAGUUGAAGCCGAUAAUCAAAACGAAGUAACGGUUCUCGUGAGCAACGAAGGUGCAUCGUGCGUAUGUACCAGCCUGUUUAAUCAGCCCAUUCCAGUUGUCCUUCACCUCGCACGCGAUAGCGAGAUCUUGCCACGACACUCGACCAUCCAGCUCCGAGUCGUCGGCGACACCGUUUAAAGACACUAAAUCUGGCUUCAAUGCAUGGGUAGUCCCGCCCUUCAUUGCUUUAUUGUAAUUGUAGAAGCGUAGACCGUGAUAAUAGCGGUCCUUAGGGAUUUUAGGGUCUGCGGAAAGGUGAGAUUCGGAAGUAUUGAUGAUCCGGUUCAGAAGUUUUGUGAAUGGUAAGUAAUAGGCACUCUCUCCC